CAUCGGGGACAGAAGAAGCGACGCUGUUCUGAUCUGUGCGGUGCCGUUUCCUGUCAAUAGCGUUAGCGAUAGCAUUUUCAGUAGCGUGACUAUCUCCUUCAUUUCUAUCUUUUUUUUUUUGUUACACUACCUACUGUUUCCAAAAUGCCUCGCAUUGAGAAUGACAUCAAGCUGGACUUCAAGGAUGUGCUCCUCCGUCCAAAGCGAAGCACACUCAAGUCUCGGAGCGAGGUGGACCUGAUGAGGAGCUUCACCUUCAGGAACUCCAAGGGUAGUUACAGAGGGAUCCCCAUCAUCGCUGCUAACAUGGACACUGUGGGGACCUUUGAGAUGGCCUUGGCUUUGCACCAGUUCACUCUCUUCACCACGAUUCACAAACAUUACUCCGUGGAUGACUGGUCGGAAUUUGCAGCAAAGCAUCCAGAAUGCCUGCAGAGUUUAGCAGUGAGCACAGGGACCGGAGAUGGUGACUUUGAGAAGAUUUCAGCCAUCUUGGCGGCGGUGCCACAGCUGCAGUACAUCUGUGUAGACGUGGCAAACGGUUACUCUGAACACUUUGUCCACUUUGUCAAAGACGUCAGGCAAAAGUUCCCCUCACACACUAUAAUGGCGGGAAAUGUGGUGACUGGAGAGAUGGUGGAAGAGCUGAUCCUGGCUGGUGCUGACAUCAUCAAAGUAGGCAUCGGACCAGGCUCUGUGUGCACCACCCGCAAGAAGACAGGGGUGGGGUACCCCCAGCUUAGUGCUGUGAUUGAGUGUGCUGAUGCAGCCCAUGGACUGGGCGGCCACAUCAUCUCUGAUGGGGGAUGUACUUGCCCAGGAGAUGUCUCAAAGGCUUUUGGUGCUGGAGCAGACUUUGUGAUGCUGGGUGGGAUGCUGGCAGGCCACUCAGAGAGCGGGGGCGAGAUCAUUGAGAAAAACGGCAAGAAAUACAAACUGUUCUAUGGAAUGAGCUCUGACACAGCAAUGAAGAAACAUGCAGGCGGCGUGGCUGAGUACAGAGCGUCAGAGGGGAAGACAGUUGAAGUUUCUUACAAAGGUCCGGUGGAGGUGACAAUACGAGACAUCCUGGGCGGGGUCCGCUCCACCUGCACCUAUGUUGGUGCAGCCAAGCUGAAGGAGCUGAGCCGCAGGACCACCUUCAUUAGAGUCACCCAGCAGCUCAACACUGUUUUCGGCAAUGACAGUUGAAUUUCCAUCUUUAGAUCAAAGGAUAAGUCUGCAUCACUGCCUGUCUGACACCUAUAUUGAUACUUAAAUACUGUCCUUUUUAUCCUUAGUAGUUUUUGUUUCUUUGAGGAGGGGUUCAAGUUCAAGUUUGAAUUCCAAUGCAAUUUUAGUAUAUUUUAAGCGCACAGACUCAGAGUUGCUUUAGAUUCUGAAUGAUAAUUUUAUCAUACAAGCCACAGAGUGUUUCUGUGGUCGGUGUCUCAACACGGCAAUAUGUAUGCUAGAGCAGUAACUCCUCAGCUCUCUGCAUGCCUGCUGCCUCAUCAUUCCAAUGCAAGGUCCUUACUUGUUCUUUUUACAUGUGUGCAAAAGUAUGUCUGUCUAUAAACAGCUACUUACGUCUCCUCUCUGUGCCGAGAUAAUACUGUAAGCCUUUGUCACCCGUAGAUAAAAUUAGAGCAAAUGUCAUUAAUUAUUUAGAAAGCAUAAAUAUGUAUUUGACAAUGGUGGCUAAUGGAACUGUAAAAUUGUAAAAAUUCAAUCAUUCCAUCACUCAUGAUAAUUUGCACUUUAGUGAUUUAAGGUUUGGGAAUCUAUUCCAUUUCUGUUAUUGUCUCCUGGGAAUGUUUUGACACCAUAGUGUCAUACUACUGCGUAUGUGUCUUGCAUAAUUCAACUUUUUUUAAAAUAGUAGAUGAAUUAGAUUUGGGGCUGAAUGCUCGUACAGUAGGAGAGCGAAUACACCAUAUGCUAAAUUCAUAGCAGAGGUGUUAUUCAGUACAAUAUGCAUCUUUUCUCUUCUCUGGUUCUAGCUUCUCCUGAUCAGUACCAAAGUUUGUGUGGGCCUAUUUAAGUGAUGUGCACAUUUGAAUGAUUUUGUGAGUCACAGCCUUGAAAGUAAGUGAUCAUUCCUUGGAAUUAGCCUUUUUGCACCGUCAGUAUUAUUAUGGUAUGGUUUCUCCUCACACAUUUCUGUAGUUACUCCAUUUCAAACGGUUCUUACAUGAUCUCUGUUGUGUCUUUUUUUUUUUUUUAUCUUCACAUUGCUCUGAAAAGGUUUUUAUGUUGAUAAAACAUAAAAUUAAAAUGCAGUUUUUUAUUCACUUUUUCCACUUCACCUUUUAUCCCAACAUUAAAAAAAAAUCCACAUUU